UCUCUUCAUUCAGGACACAGGACCGGUUUUUACUACAGCUGCUGGUGGUUAUCUGUGAAUACCGGCGUUUUUCCGAUCGAAGAACUUCAUUAGUUUUUUAUCACAAACUUCCCAAUGACCAACAAAACGACCCCUCUGCUCCUCAGGGCGCUGCUGGAGAUGUCUGAGGUCCACUCUUCGAAGUUAAUGCGGGGAAACACGAGAAGAACAAAUUUCAGACACUUGGGUUCAUGUGGCAUCCUGGCUGAAAGGAGGGCCAGCCUCAGCCUCUGCCCCACCACCCCUUUGAGCACACCCAGCCGAAGCUUCAUCAACCUGGCUGCUUCCAUCAGCAACCGCAGGAUGGAGUACACAGAGUGCCGGACAUUAGAGUACACUACAGAGCAGAUGUACAGUGUGGUGUCCAGUGUGGACCAGUACCAGCACUUCGUUCCCUGGUGCAAGAAGUCUCGAGUUAUGAGGGGACAAAACGGGGGCAUCCGAGCAGAGCUUGAAAUAGGUUUUCCUCCAAUUGUUGAGCGAUACAUCUCUGAGAUCACCGUUGUUCCAAACCACCAAGUCAGAGCUGUGUGCACUGAUGGAUCCCUCUUCAGUCAUCUUGAAACAAUAUGGAGGUUUGCCCCUGGAGCCACAGACCGACCAGACUCCUGCAAAGUGGAAUUCUCUGUGUCAUUUGAGUUCAAGUUUCUGCACUCUCAGCUGCCCAGUGUGUUCUUUGAUGAAGUGGUUAAGCAGAUGGUCAGUGCCUUUGAGUCACGGGCGGCGACACUUUACAGGAUCAGGCAUGAGGCCACCACGGAGGAGGGGCGGAGGGAUGUCUGUAAAGACAGCCCUCAGACACCCCUGGAUGGCAGCAUUUGA